AUGUAUCUCAAAGAUUUACUUUUUAUUAUUUUUCUUUUAUUUGUAUUCAAUAAUCAUUGGACACAAGGACAAAAUAUAACAACAACAACAAAUGUAACAGCUUCUACAACUACAACGAAUGUAUUAUCGACAAUAUCGUGUCCGGAAAACGAUCCUAGUUGUUCAUUAAUAAAAGAUGAAAUCAAAACAUCAGGCAAUGGAAUUCGUCGUUUAUUUUAUAUUUUUGUUGGAUGUUUAUUAACAACAUGUUUAAUAAUUGCUAUGAUUAUAAGUUACAAUCGUAUAAUUGCACAACAUCCAUCAACGAAUACGAAUAUAAAUAAUAGAUUUCAUAAUAUUUUACAAACAAUUGGUUUAAAUAAUCUUACUAAAACUGGAAGAUUUCCUUUUUUUUCGAUUUCAAAUAAUAAUCAACCAUCCGCAAAUCAUCGACAAGGUGAAACAUCACGUUCACAUUUAAAUGAAAAUCAAGAUGAAGCAUUGUUAUUCGAUGAUCCAUAUACAGAUGGAAUUAUUUCAGGUGGUAUUCAUGGAUCAUCAACGAAUCCAUAUAAAUCAUUAACACUUUCAGUUACUUAA